AUGAUGGCUCUUAAACUAUCAUCAUCUUUACGCUUCGUGUCAGUCAGCGUUGGUGAAACAGUGACUUUGGAAUGUUUCUAUAAAGAUAAUGUGGCGGUGAUGUUUUACUGGUAUAAACAGACUCCAGGACAGAAACCACAGUUGUUGUCUAAAUUCUACAAGCAUGACAAAGAUGCCACUUUGAAUGGUGAAUUUAAAAAUGACCCACGCUUUGGAGUGGAUAUAACCCCUGGUAAAAAUCACUUGACGAUCUCAGAUGUGCAAAUUUCGGACUCAGCUACUUACUACUGUGUAAGUGGUUAUUCAUAUGUGUAUGACUUUGCGGAGGGCUCUAUCAUCCAUGUAAAGGGUUCAGGUUUGAAUGUCCCAACUUCGGUCCAUCAGUCAGCGUCUGAGACCAUCCAGCCAGGAGGCUCUGUGACUCUGAACUGUACAGUACACACUGGGAACUGUGAUGAUGGAGAACACAGUGUUUACUGGUUCAAAAACUCUCAAGAGUCUCAUCCAAGACUCAUUUACAGCCAUGGAGGCAGGAAUGAUCAGUGUGAGAGGAAACCUGACACACAAACACACACCUGUGUCUACAACCUGCCGAUGAAGAGCCUGAAUCUUUCUCAUGCUGGGACCUACUACUGUGCUGUUGCCUCAUGUGGACACAUACUGUUUGGAGACGGGACCAAGCUGGACUUUGAAGAUGAGGAAGACUUUUUUGUCUCGGUGUAUUUCUUGAGUGGAGCUCUGGCAUUCACCACCGUCCUGGCUGUUUUCCUGGCUUACACAGCAUGUAAACUGUACAUGACAAACAGCUGCAAAUGCAAAGACUCUCAAGCAAGAUCCUCAGCUGACUCGACUUCUAAUACUGAGGGCUGCCAAGGUGCAGACAGCCUCCAUUAUGCUGCUUUAAAGGUGAACAGGGCCAACAGAUCAACAAGACAGAGAGAUGACACCUGGACUGAGUGUGUGUACUCCAGUGUGAGGCAGUAGAACUGGACAUUUGUACUUUGUGUCUGUGUUACUAGAUGACAAUUAAGUUUGCUUUCACCUCCAUAUACUGAAUGUAAAAACUGACCUUGCAAAUCACCCAAUAAAGUCUUCCC